AUGUCUCUCAAUCUUGAGAAGCAACUCCGUUUCUAUGGCGCCUAUCACCACAAUCCGGCCAAUAUUGGCAUUCAUUUGAUCGGAGUUCCUGUCAUCCUCUGGACUACAUUCCUGCUGGGCACUAAUACUCCGACCCUCAUACCGUUGCCCGAUGCCAAUACCGUUCCUUACCUCGAUUUGAACAUCGGCACAUUACUUUGUAUAGCAUACUCUGCUUUGUACAUUUUACUCGAACCCGUCGCUGGAUCCGCCCUGUCUGUUCUUUUGUUCGCCGGGACAGCAUAUGGAAAAUACUUGACAUCUCUACAUGGGAUGACAGCGAACUUCUGGGCGGUUUGUGGAUUUGCCGCUGCCUGGAUUGCUCAAUUCGUUGGCCACGGCUUAUUUGAGGGGCGUGCACCGGCGCUUCUUGACAACCUUUUCCAAGCACUAUUCCUCGCACCUUUGUUUGUCUGGCUAGAGCUCCUAUUCGCUCUUGGCUACAGACCUGAAUUACGAAAUCGCGUUGAAAAGAUGGUCAUUCAAGAUAUCGCCAAGUUUCGCGAAGCAAAGACACAAAAGGCCAAUGGUACUGCGAACGGAACCGUUACAAAUGGCCACGCCAAACAAUCCUAG